ACUAAUGACUUCAUUAAUAGAAAUGAAAUGUAUGACAGCUACUUUGUUUGGAUUACAAAAAUAAUUUAUGUUGUGUUUUUUUCCCUUUGUUGCAUCAUGCAAGAAUGAAAGGAAUGUUUAGUGUAGGGCUAUUUUUCAUCGCCUUUCAGAUGUUUUACAUACGUGCACAAAUACAUUAAAAAUGGAAUUUACAGGCACAUUUACAGUAUAAUGCAACCUGUCAACAAAACAUACGUCAUAUGAAAACUUUUUUUAAAAAGUCAAAAACAGUUGAAGCCUUUUUCUCAAAUUUGCUGUGUAAAGAAGCUGUGAUCAAUAGGACCUACAACACAUUUGAGCAAUAUAAGGUGUUUUGAAAGACUAUUAAAGGUCCUUGAUUCUUCCCAAAAUGUAUAUAUGGGGUACUGAAAAUGUGAGUGUUUAGAAGUAAUAUUGAUAGAUGGCAGCAUCCUCAAUGCCAGAGAAGUGGGAUUGUUGGCAUGAAGUUGGUGGGUUGAAUUGCCAAUGACUUCAAAGUUGAUGAUGAUCAUAAAGAGUUCUCAUCUAUCACAGCAGACACCCAGUAAAAGGCAACACAAACUGUGGUUUCAUUGGGCAGCUUACACGAGAUUGUGUAACCUGAGCAAAUGAGAAACUGGACUUCUCAAUAUGAAUGCUCAAAGAUUAUAAAAACAUUCUGUUGCAUAACUGCAUGUUUAACAGCAGAAACUUUUCCAUAACUAUGAUAACAAUAAUGAUGUGAAUGCGUGGCAAUAGAGUGGAUUUGCAUCAUGUUUACAAAGUAGACAGACUGCGCAAAAGAACACCUGGCACAAGAUAAACAUAAUAUGCAAAGUAAAGAAUGCUGUUUGUGGAGUUUUUUGGAUGUGAAGGGGGCAUCCUCACCUCCAGUGAGACAGUUUGAGGAGCAAAGCUGACCUGAAGGUUGCUUGAAUCCUUACACAAACAAAAAUAUCUGCACAGGAUAAGUGAAUAAACAUCACUAUCCUCUUACACAACAACUGUUGUGCUCUUGAUCAUCAUGAACAUGCAGUAGCUAAACUGCAACACUGCGAAACUGCCACUGGAAUGACUUACUGGGACAAUUAACUGACCUGAACCAUCCUUAAUGUUAUUAGUUACACCAUCCCACAGUUUCAAAAUCCCUGCUGUAAAAAAGGCCUAUUGGUUGUACUGAACAGCUCACAAGGUUAAAAGUAUGUAACUCCAGUGGACAACUACAAUGCAGAUUCCAAUAUGUUUGAAAACUCAAGUUACACGUUUUUCUGUAGCUGUCGGUGAACAGCAUAACUGGUUCCUAUCUUAUAUUUAAAUAUAUUUAAUAAUAUCACAGGGAACUACUAGCUUACUAAUAUAUCAGUCUCUCCUUUUUUUCUUAUUUAAAGGUGCAUCGGUUAUAGUUUACUCACUGUACACUACCUGCCUAGCACCAAAUGGCAGACAGACAAAGUUAGUGACAAGCUGGUAAACAUAGUGGAGCAUUUAGCAGCUAAAGAGACAGAUAUCCCUCAGGACUUGGUGGAGAGUAAAACAGAGCUAAAUGAGAAUGAAUAUUGGAUUUCCAUUCAUCAGGUGACGACUCCAAAUGAAUGCUAAUGUUGCUCCAUGUGUGCUAACAUGUUCUCCAUAUUUAUCUUUAUGAGGUGCUAAUAUGUCAUCAAUGUCAUGCUCAACUUGUUGUGCUGCCCCCAUGUGGCCAAAAUAAAAUUAUUGCAGGUUCAAUAUAAAAUUAUUGAGUAGUGGAGCUUUAAAGGGAAAAGUUGCACAUUGUCAAAGUAUCCUCUCUUUCGACAGAUAAUUAACUCAGAUAUUGACAGCACCUCAACCUCAACUCAGCCACGGUGAUGGAAAACUUUAAGGGUAACGGAACCAUCAAUCAGAACAACACAAGGCUUGGUGAUGUUGUCUGGUACUUCCUGCCCACUGUGGUCACAGUGCCACCACUGGCGCUGCCAGCCAACGCUCUGGUCAUUUACCUCCUGCUGGGCAAACCUGGUAUCUGCUCCACCUCAGAGAUCUUCACACUCAACCUGGCACUAUUCGACAUGCUGUUCUGCUUCAUAGUCCUCAUCGAGUACAUUCGUUUCCUGUGCAAUCAAACAAUGGAGGCUGCUAACUUCCUGGCUUGGGGUUUGAAUCAAGCAGGCGGGCCGAUGUUGCUCUGCAUUUUGGGUUUGGACAGCUACGUGGCCGUCUGCCAUCCGCUGGUCUUCCUCCGGCUCAAGGAUCCUAAACUGCGACUGUUGCUGUGCUUGGUGGGCCCAGCAGGAAGGAGGUCCAUCCAGUGAAAAAGCGAGCAUUCAAGAUAGUACUGACUGUGUUUGUGCUGGUCAACAUUCACUACCUCCCCCCAGUCAUCGAGUACCUGCUGAGGCAGUUUGGUCCCAGUCAUCUCAAGCCCUUCUCAGUCGUCACCUGUGUAUCCUACGCAGCUCUCUCUAUGAGCAGUUUUGUUCAGCCUCUGAGUUAUCUCAUCCGGACCAAACAGCUGCCCAAGAUGAGAUGCCACCGCGGCUCAGCUGCUGAGGCAAAAACAGUGGCAACAGUUUAGAGAAGCUCAACCUUCAUGACAUGUAGAGCCACAUGUAAGGGAAGAGUUGGAUUAUAACCUGGAUGGUGGGAUGACAGUAAAUCAACAUUUCAUAUAUUAAACAAAAUGCUAUAUUCUUGUUAAUUUAUUUAGAUAUUUUUAAGAAAUUACAGAAUUACCUCUGGUGAUACUUAAAACUGAAAAGUUUUGGUGGUGGUUAUUGUUUCUUUCAAUGAUUGUAUUGCAAACAUGAAAUUCGUUUUUUGUGUAUCUUUUUUUUGAGUCUUAAAUAUGGUCAAAGUGAUUUUGGUGAUCAACGCUAACAUGUAACUAUAAUAGAAAGUAUGGACUUGUUUGUUUAGAAAUGUAGUGAGUUUUUUUUUUAUAUUGUCAUAGUGCCUGCCAAUAUGCUCUAUAAAAAGUAUGUUUUCUCCCAAAAAGUCUAUAGGCAACAGUUGAAAGUAGGACUUUAUAAAACAAUAAAUGCAACAACAAAAAUAUAUUACAAUGUUUUAUUCAAUAAAUCAAACAUCCUAAUUUGGCUUGCAAAUAGGCAUUGAUAGUCAAAUACUCUGGAGAACACCUCAGGCAAUGUCUUACACAUAAAUAUUAUUAAUUAAAAGAGAAAACAAUUGUCAGCAAUGGCAAUUAACGUCUGGAUUUAUUGUUCAAGUUGUCUUUCAGGCUUUUAUUUAAAUUGAGAAAAAUUAAACAUACAUCUUCAGCUGUGUAUGGAGAAGAUGAACCUAAUUAACUCUGAUUAAACUAAAGCAUUGUUCUCUUUGUUGCUAGUACAGCUUUACACUAACAAGAAUCUAAGAUAAUUACACUAUCUGUAUUGUGUGUUCAGGAAAGAGCAUGUAUACACAACGAUACAAGCAUUAGCCCUGUACAGGCUGUUCAACAGCUUUAAAAUAUGAAAACAAAUGUUUCACCACUUUUAGGUAAUAGAAGAUACAUUGUACUGUCUACAGUGUAUAAUAACACAUUUGACCUCAUCUGCAUCUCAAAAGCCAAUCAAGUUUGAAUUCAACAUAUUAAAUAAAAGUGCGUCUACCGUGAGGAAGUUCAAGAGAUUCUUAAGCACUACAAAUAUGAAUGAAUGGUUAUGCAUAAUCAAAGUACUUAAUGAAUUAAGCAAAAUUAAAUAUAUCAGAACUGUACAAAAGUCCUUGUAUUAACUACAAGUAUCAUCCAUUUAAAUAAAAAAAAUGCAAUACACUAAAAUUAUAAAUUCAUGUAACCUGCACAAAUUAUAUCAAAAUAUUUUACAUCAGCCCCACACCACUGCGGGUAACAAAAGGUUACAAAGAUGAGUUCAUCUUCACCAACGUAUGUCUUGUAAAAUAGCUUCUCUAUCUCAUUUGCCUCUCUUUUUCUACAUCUCAUUUAAGACUAGUAUAUUAUUAUAGUAUGUUUAAUAGGGGAAAUUAGCAAGAAAUCUUACCUGGAUUCACCUCUAGUGCACUUCAUAAUAAGAACAAGUAUCUAUAUUUUCUCCACCAUCUCCUGUCUAAAUGUACGGUACAACAAACAAAGAAUACCUGGGAAAUGAUUGAAUGACACUGAUGUACACAGUCCAAACAAUAUUUGUGUGAACAGGUAGUAUUUCAGAAAUAUUGAAUCAUAAACUUGAUGGACGUGUCUAGCAUGUUGGAAAGUAAUAAAUACACACAUUUGUUUCCUGGCUGUGGAGCUCAUACAAAAAAUAAGUGUUAUGUGUUAAACACAGAUGUCAUGAAGUCAACAUGACGUCUUUCAAAGAGGUUAGAAAAAGAAGUUUUCAAGUAUUCAAGUACCGGUAAUAAUAAUCAAAACUGAUGAGCUCAAAC